AUCAAUAUCCAACUUCAAAGAGUAGACAUGGAGUACAUAUGUCAUGUAAACGAAUUAUCUGUUACAUGUAUCAUGUUGUACAUAAGUGGAAAAACUAUGGCUGGGGAGAAAUCAAAAUCAGUGUUGCUUGCAAGAAGAUUAGAGGAGGCUAUGCUAGAACAAUUGAUUUUAAUUCCUUAUAAUAUUAGUGCUUUGAAAAUUUAUGAAACUACCCAAAGGAGGAGGAGGACCAAUCCAGUUUGGAAAGUAGUUCAGUCCCCGCAACAACCUACAAACGUGGAAUAUGGGUUUCAUGUAAUGCGGUAUAUGAAAGACCUCAUUAGAGAUCAAAGCAUCCUAAGAAAACAAAAUGUGAGAUAAAUUCUAAACUUUUAUUACUAUUAUAUUCAUGAUACUUGUACAUCUUCUUCAUUAUCUAAUUGUUUGUAAAUAACCUCUUGCAGUUCAAUGGAAAAAAGACUUACACGGAAAUUGAACUUGAUGAAGUGCGAGUUGAAUGGAUUAAUUUCGUACUAAAGAAUAUGAUUUGAAAUCCAAUGUAAGUAUGAUAUAACUUCCGUUCUUUAAAUUACUAAUCAACAAUUUCUUUAGUUGGUAAAGAAUAUAUAAUCACUUCAAGAUUUCAUUUUAGAUUUGUUGAUUCUAUGUAUAUUUGGUUUUAUGACUUUAAAAUAUCUUCUCAUACAUUGAAGAUUUUCAUUUUGGAUUUAUUGAUUCUAUGUAUAUGUCAUAUUUAUAUAUGGUAAUCCAAACAUUUUAUAUUAGUAACAAUCAAAAUUGUUAUUCCUUUUCUAUUGAUGCAGGAGAUGAAGAGUCAGUGUGAUGAGAAAAUGUUC